AUGGUGCUCAAGCGCAAACGCGGCGACGAAUGGGUCGAAGUGAAACCUCGUCGGGGGUCCUCCCCACCUGCUAUGAUCCCACCCGUUCCAGCACCAGGGACCUCAAUCCCGACGACGACUAUGACUUCAAGGGCGACGCGGUCUUCUACAGGAACCGCGGCUGGACCUUCUUCCUAUUCAUCGACGGCAGGGUACCCAACGACCUCGACGAUGGGGUAUAGCUACAACUACGCGGACAGAGCCCCUGUUACGCCUGUGAAAAAGGCGCGGUUGGCGUCUGACUCGCCGGAGAUUGUUGCGGUUUCGAGUGGAGGGUACCGGUCUGGAUCCAGUUUGAAUAUGCCUGGGAGGAGCACGAACACCGCGGCUACGACUACGACUUCGAGGACGGCGGCACGACGAACAGCGACAACGCAGGUCUCACAGCAUCCUUCACUUGGCCUUCCUCCACCUUCCGCACUCUAUCAGCUUCCGCAAUCCCAACCACCCCCACCCACAAAAGCGAAAGCUACGAGGAAGGGAAAGAAGAAGGCUGUAGAAGAGGAGUAUGGACAUGCUCCAGGCUCCAGCCAACCAGGCUCGAGCCAGCCUAGUUCGAGCCAGGGAACCAGAGGACGCAAGCCUGCCCCUGAAAAACGCCUUGCGCGGUUCAAACCGAGUUGUCCGCAAAAUAUCAUUGAUAGGCUGGAGAGGGUACAGAUGCAGACGUUCUACAUGCUAGAUCGCAAUAGGAAUGGGGACGAGUUGAAGGAGACGUUUCAGGUUUCUGGGUCUACUGGAAAUGUAUAUACCGUCGUCAUCGACAAAAUCCCAAGCUGCACUUGCCCAGACGCGAUGAAGGGUAACCACUGUAAACAUAUCCUCUUCAUCUUCACGAAAGUACUCCAUGUACCCAGGUCGUCAGGGUCCUGGUACCAAAAAGCUCUCCUUACGGACGAACUGCAAGAGAUAUUUGAUAAUGCGCCUGCGGCUCCGAAUGCGGGUGUGACGAAUGCGAGGGUGCAGGAGGCGUAUUUGAGGAGUAUUGGACGAGGUGCGUGCUUAUCUGAUUUUAGACAUUGGGAUGGAGUUGGCUUAUUGUUUUCUUCCCGCCUCGUCGACACCCUCGCCCCUCACCUUCGCGAUACACUAUCCCACAUCACGCGUGUCCAACAGCCCCCUCACAACCCGCCUCAUCACAAAAAACCAAAAAGAAAACGCCAGAAGAAGGCGACGACUGUCCGAUUUGUUACGAUACAAUGUAUCGCGCGAGUGAAGCCCAGCUUGUGUGGUGCGAGGAGUGCGGGAAUGCGGUUCAUAAAGGGUGUUGGGGGCAAUGUGAGUGUUUUUUAUCGUUCAUUCAUUCUUUUGGGGCUGUGGAUUGGAUUGUUGGAGGAGGAGGAUGGGGUGAUCGGGGUUGUUGGUGGAGGAGAACGGGGUGGUGGAUUGGUGUUGGAGGAGAACGGGUGGUGGAUUGUCGCGGAGAAUGGGACGCUGACGCCUCCCCGUGUUCGUUUUAGGGUCCAAUACCGCUCGAGCGUCGGGCAAGGACGUUACAUGUGUUUGGUGUCGGUCCAAGUGGACUGUUGCUGGUGCGUGCUGGUUUCGUUCAUCGAUUCUGUGCAUGAAGAGUUUACUUUUCUUUAUCCCUCUUCGCUCUGCUUUUACUACGCCAUCGCUAUUCCGUUACAUCUACUCCUGGCUACGACGAUCUCGACAUCUCUCUAUUGCCGCUAUAUCCGGACCUCUACCUCUCACCUCUCCCUUGCACCUCAACAACUCCGUUCUCACCUGGCCCUCAACUUCUCCGUUUCGCCUGGCCCUCAACUCUCCGUUUCACCUUGUUUCCACCCGGGCUCGUCGGCGAUAUCAGGUGCGGGAGGUGCUGCCGCACGAGCCACUGGUGCAACUGUGCGAGGUGGGUAUUUGAAUUUGGCUGGUGUGGCUGGGUUGAGUCCUGUUAGGGAUACGAGUACAUAUUACCAUGGACCUAGACGGGGUCAGAGGUAUUAUGGUGCUCAGUAUUAUGAUGAUGAUUGA